AUGGGCAACCGCCUAGAGAAGAAUUCGGCGGCCGUGAGAAAGGCUAUCGAGAGCCGCCGUUUCACUGACGAGGAUGGCGAGGAGUACGAAGCCAACAAGUUUGGCGGCUUCGCCGACUACUUCCGCCGCAAGCAGGAGAAGCUACAGAACCUCGACUCCGAGCUGCGCGCUGCAGCCAAGGACAAGCCCCAGAUCUUUAAGGGCGUUGUCGCCCAUGUUACAGGGUAUACACAGCCGCCUCUGCAUGUCCUGCACAAAGAACUCGUUCAACACGGCGCCGGCUUCCUGCAAUAUCUCGGCGGCAAGACCAUGGCAACGCACAUCAUCGCGUCGACCAUGCCCCCUACCAAGGCCAUCGACUACUCCAAGUACCGCGUGGUCAAGCCGGCCUGGGUUAUGGACUCCAUCAAGGCCGGCCGUAUGCUGCCCUGGCAGGACUACCGCGUCAUCACCGAGGGCCCCAAGCAAAAGACCAUCGCCUUUGGCAGCGGAAAGCUGGUCAGUAAGGCCACGCCGCAGAAGCAGGCGAGUUAUCGGGAGCAGAGCGAUAAUAGUUUUUAUACAAGCCAGUUCAAGAAUGCGCAGUCGCAGGUGGGAGGGAAUCCGUUUCGGGGGCCGCCUCAGAAGUCAGCGUAUGCGCCGGCGGAUUUUGAGAUUGAGGAUAUUGAGAAGUGGGAUGAUAUAAAUUUUGGUUCUCAUGAGAAGGUCCGGACGCAGGGAAAGACGAUUACUGAGCCCCUGCUGUCGAAGCAUGGACAGCCGUCACCUGCGGUAUCACCUUCUAAACCGUCGUCAUCGGCUCAAAGACAGUCGUCACCUGCAAUACCAGCUUUCAAGCCCCCGUCCUCUGCUAAGAAACCACCGAUAGAGCCCACGACGGUUUCCCUCGAGCCACCGCCGUCUGCUCAGCGUCCAACCUCCCUACCCCCUACAUCCGCCCAACGACCCCCUCUCCUCCCCAAACCAGCCCCUGAACCCCCUCUGCCCGCCCAAAAACCCACGCCCCAUCUCCUAGCGCCUCCAACCAAGCCAAUGACCGCCGAGGAGCACAACGCGCUCCUCCUCGCCGACCCCAAGAUCCGCAAAUCCUCCGCCGCCAACCCCAACUUCCUCAAGCAAUACUACUCCGAAUCCCGCCUGCACCACCUCUCGACCUGGAAAGCCCAGCUCAAGUCUCGCCUGCAAGCCCUCGCCGCGUCCAAAGCCCUCCCCACAGCCUCCAAGAAAAAGCGUCCCUCGGGAGCGAGGAGGUAUAUCCUGCAUGUGGAUUUUGAUAGUUUCUUCUGCGCAGUUUCGUCCUUGAAGUUGCCAGAAGAAGAGAGGGGGAAGCCCGCGGCCGUGGCGCACGGCACUGGACCCGGGUCGGAGAUCGCCUCGUGUAAUUACCCCGCUAGGGUGUAUGGCGUCAGGAAUGGGAUGUGGAUGGCUCGGGCGAUGGAGCUGUGUCCGACACUACGAAUACUGCCGUACGAUUUUACCGCGUAUGAGGACGCCAGUGGGAAGUUCUACGAAGCGAUCCUGUCCAUUGGGGGGGUCGUGCAGGCGGUGAGCAUCGACGAGGCUCUGGUGGACGUGACGGAUAUCGUGAUGGAGAGGACAGGGUCAGAGGGGAUAGGUGUGAGCGAGGGGAGUGUAUGGCGGGAGCAGAAAGAGGUGGAUCAGAUUGCCCUCGGCCUGAGGGAGGAGAUUAAGAGAAAGACAGGCUGUAAUGUGUCGGUGGGGAUAGGCGGCAACAUCCUGCUGGCGAAGAUUGCGUUGCGUAAAGCGAAGCCUGCGGGACAGUACCAUCUCCGGCCGGAGGAGGUGCUGGAGUUUAUUGGGGAGCUGAAGGUUGAGGAUUUACCUGGGGUAGCGUACAGCAUUGGGGGCAAGCUGGAGGAGAUGGGGAUCAAGUAUGUCAAGGAUUUGCGGGGGGUGUCGAAGGAGAAGUUGGCAUCCGUGCUUGGGCCUAAGACUGGUGAGAAACUGUAUGAGUAUGCGCGGGGGAUAGAUCGGACUGAGGUUGGCGACCAGCCGAUGAGGAAAUCUGUCUCGGCGGAUGUCAACUGGGGGAUAAGGUUUGUGAGUCAGGAGGAGGCAGAGGAGUUUGUGCGCAACCUCUGCAAGGAGCUGGAGCGUCGACUCCUCAAUGAGGGCGUCAAAGGGAGACACUUGACGAUGAGGAUCAUGCGGCGCUCGCCGGAUGCGCCGCUCGAACCGGCCAAACACCUAGGGCAUGGGAAGUGUGAUGUUUUCACGAAGAGUGUCGCGUUCGGGGUGCCGACGAAUGAUCCUGAGUUGAUCGGGAAGGAGGCUGUUACUAUCUUAAGGUCGUUCAGGUUCAGUCCGGGGGAUUUGAGGGGUAUUGGGUUGCAGAUGACGAAGUUGGAGCCGAUCAAGCCGUCGGGGAAGCCGGAGGGGAGUCAGAAAAAGCUGACCUUUGCGGUGCCUGUUAAAAGACAAAUGGAGCAGGCUGUUGAGGAGAGCAACGCGCAGACGGCUAAACAGGAGCCAGUGAAGCCGGUAGGCAAGCAGGAAGAGGCUCAGAAUAAGGUGACUUUUGCUCCGCCCCCAGCCAAGAAGCAGAAGACAGCAGCUACAGAAGCUAUUGAGGAGAGCGAUCUACAAACGUACAGGCCGAGACCAUCAGAGGGCCCCGAGAUCGAAGACGAUCCGAUCACAGACGAGCCUCUGACUCCUCCUAAGCCGAAGGUCCAUCCAGCGCUGGCGUUGGCAAAGGCGGGAGAAGCCGACGAGAAAGCCAUCUCCCCGCUCAACAUCGCCGGUACACAGUUCAUCAUCCCCUCAAACCCCGAUCCAGCCAUCCUGGCCGAGCUCCCGCAAGACAUCCGCAGUCGACUAGUCCAUCCCCAACAAGCUCGACGAACCCCUCCAGCCCCAGCCCAACCAGAACCGGCCUCUCAACCGCAUCCCCCAGACCUACCCCCCGACGUCGACCCCGAAGUCUUCGCCGCCCUUCCCGACGACGUCAAAGCCGAAGUCCUAGCCGAAUACCGGGUCCAACGCCCCCAACAACAACGCAGUCCCCCGCGCCACGGCAAAGGCGGUCUCAAGCAACAAACCCUGCUCCCCCAAUCCCCUCACAAAAACCGCGUCAUCUUCAAGCCGCCUGUACCCCGUACAUCCACCAAACGUGGCAGCGGUGGCCGCGGCCGCGGGGGAUUAUUCAGCCACGCCUCCCGCGCCCACGAGCGCAAAAAAGACCGCGAAGCCGGCCUGCGCCAAACAAGAUUCGUAGCCAUCCCCCGCCGACUGAUCGAGCAAUACCAUGGGAAAGAUCCUAACGAGGAAGAUGACGAGCCAGAUAUCCCCGAACUUGAUCCCAACACCCUUGCCGAGCUGCCCACUCAGAUCAGGACGAAGGUCGUCGCCGAGCAUCGAGCCGCCAAGGAGAGACAGCGGCAAAGGCGACUGGAGCGAAAUGGCGCCGUGCUGACGUUUUAUGCGCCCACGCCGCCCAUGGGGGUGGAGUUGAGGAGGGAGCUGGAUAAGAGGUGGGAGAAUCGGUUAAGGGGGGUGAAGUUUCCGCCACUACCUACCCACGCAAAACUUGCUUCCAAGGAAAUCAAGACAUUGGAAGAGGUGAGGGAGAUGGUGAGUACGUGGUAUGAAGAAAGUAGAGAGGAGGGCGGGCCGCACCCGGAAGACGUGGAGUGUUUUGCAGAGUGGCUGGCGCAGGUUGUGAAGGGGGAGAGGAAUAUUGAGAAGGCGGGGAAGGUGCUGCGAUGGUUGGAGUGGAUUGUUUCGGAGGGGGAGCCUGACGGACAAGAGGGAGAAGGUGAUGAGGGGCAGAAGGAAUGGAGAUAG